AUGUCAAUCCACCAAACUAACAGCCCCAAUCCCCAGACCCGGAUCGUAACAAAAUACAACUUCCCCACAAACCGACGAGGAAACAUGAUCCGAGCCCACAAGUCCAAAGUCCGCAAAGACGCCAAAGCCAGCGAUGCUUCCUCAACCACACCCGCACCACCAACCACCGCAAUCGCAACCCUCACGCUGAAGACAUUCAACCCAACGACAGGAAUAUGUCUGCACUACCGCACAAAUAAGGCACAGGAAGUCGGCCGUUUGAUCACGAGUCUGGGCAAGCUGGCUGCCGGUGCUGAUGUAGCGGGUUUGGGGUUAUCGGCUGCGGCUCCUUCUGCGGGCGCGGAUGUGGAGAUGGUUGAUGCUCCUGCCCCUGCCGCUGCCGAGGAGGCUGCGCCGGUUGUUGGCAAGGCGCAGGGACAAGGUGCGAAGGGGAAGAAGAAGGGUGGGAAGGGGAAGCGGUAA